AUGCAUUUGGAGCCUGACAAUAAUGCUUGUUCUAAUGCUAAAGGACGAGGUGCAUACGUUUCAGGUCUAAUUAAAAUUAACCAAGGUUUUGAUUUUUAUAUCUAUGUUGGAGAAAAGGGAAAACUAAACGGAACCACUUUCAAUGGUAAUUCACAACAAAAUGAAAUUGCCGGAGGUGGUGCUACUGAUAUUAGACUCAUAAAAAAAGUAAAUUGGUAUGAUUUUGAUUCGUUGAAGAGUCGAAUCAUGGUUGCUGCAGGUGCAGGUUCUGGCGAACGAAUUUGUGGUGGCGAUGGAGGAAAGUUAGAAGGAUUAUCAAAUGAACUGAUACAAUAUUUUCAAUUAAAUAGAACAACUGGCGGAACACAGACAUCUGGUGGCAUUUAUGGGUGUGAUCUAUAUCAUCAUAAAUGCGCAUCAUCAGGAAGAUUUGGAAUUGGAGGAUCUGGAAAUACAGAAGCUGAUAAUGGCUCAAGUGGGGGUGGAGGGUAUUAUGGUGGUGGAGGAGCAUCUAUGGCAGGAAGUGCUAGUGGUGGAUCAAGUUUUAUUAGUGGUUAUCAAGGAUGCAACGCAAUUUCCGAAAAUUCUACAGAAAAUCAUAUAUAUCACAGCGGGACGCCUUUCCACUACUCAGGUAAGUAUUUUGUUGAUGCAACAAUGAUUGAUGGCCAACAUGAGAUGCCAACAACCGACUUGAAGUCAAUUGAAGUUGGGCACGAAGGUAAUGGUUAUGCCAUAAUCACUUGUAUUGUCUCCAAUGCUAUUUGUUCAUGCCAAAUUAACAUUUAUCUCAUGAAAUACUUUUUAAUUUCAAAUUAUUUCAUUAUUUUAUCAUAA